AUGGUCAAAGUCACCCUCAACGGCACCGUUCUCGCCGAGUCCGACAGCACUGUCGUGGUCGAAGGCAACCACUACUUCCCCCCAGACAGCGUUAACACCGCCGCCCUAUCGCCGUCAUCUACGCACACUACCUGCCCGUGGAAGGGAGUUGCGUCUUAUUACGAUGCCUCGAUCGCCGGGAAGACCGUCGUGAACGACGUUGCUUGGUACUACCCGGAGACUAAGGAGAAAGCCAACAAUAUCAAGGGCUAUGUUGCUUUCUACAAGACCAAGGUCGAGUUUGCGUGA